AUGAUUAUUUCUCUUCUUCCUCUGCUCCUCCUCUCGGGACUAACACAUGCCUCGGAAAAGCGAGCGGCCUCAGCCUCAGCCUACUGCUCAAAUUCCGGCGGUAACUACAAGCUCUCUUCGAUCGCAGCCCCAGUCCAAGGCAGCGGCAGCCCAGGCUCUGAGUCAACCUGGAAGCUAAGCAUCGAUGAUACAUCUAGCGGGCACAAGCAGACAAUUGUGGGUUUCGGAGCCGCCGUCACCGACGCGACCGUCAGCUCUUUCAACUCCCUGUCCAGCUCCACCUUACAGCAACUGCUCAAUGAACUCAUGACCGGUGCUGGCGCUGGAUUUGCCUUGAUGCGCCAUACGAUUGGCGCCUCCGAUCUAUCUGGCGACCCCGCUUAUACCUACGAUGACAAUGGGGGCAAGGCCGACCCAUCGCUGUCUGGCUUUAACUUGGGCGACCGUGGAACUGCCAUGGCUACCCUGCUGGCUAAGAUGAAGUCUCUCCAGUCGAGCUUGAAGAUUCUGGGUUCGCCUUGGAGUGCUCCUGGUUGGAUGAAGUUGAAUGGGGUUAUCGAUGGCAAUACUAACAACAAUAACCUGAACGAUGGGUACUUGACUAGCGCGGGCACCGGGAGCACGGGGUAUGCCAGCGCGUUUGCACAGUACUUCGUCAAGUACAUCCAGGCGUAUGCCAAGCUCGGGGCGCAUAUCGAUGCGAUCACGGUCCAAAACGAGCCUUUGAACAGCCAGUCCGGAUACCCGACCAUGUAUGUCUUUGACUACGAGUCUGCACAGUUAAUCCAAAACUACAUCGGUCCGGCUCUUGCUUCAGCCGGCCUCGACACCAAGGUUUGGGCCUAUGACCACAACACCGAUGUACCAUCAUACCCGCAGAACGUCGUCAACGGAGCAAGCAAAUAUGUCGACUCAGUCGCAUGGCACUGCUACGCGAGCAACGUUGACUGGACCGUCCUCACGCAGUUCCAUCAGACCAACCCCAACAUCAAGCAAUAUAUGACUGAAUGCUGGACCCCGGCGUCGGCAUCAUGGAACCAAGCGGCCGAUUUCACCAUGGGCCCAUUGCAAAACUGGGCAUCGGGUGUUACUGCCUGGACACUGGGCACUGAUAACCAAGACGGACCUCAUUUGUCGACUGGAGGCUGUGCAACAUGCCAGGGCCUUGUCACUAUCGCCAACGGUGGGUACACUUUCAAUCCGGCAUACUAUAUGAUGGCGCAGUUCAGCAAGUUCAUGCCACCCGGUGCUGUCGUGCUGAGUGGCACUGGGAGCUAUACUUACUCCAGUGGUGGCGGUGUGCAGUCGGUUGCUUCUCUGAACCCCGAUGGAACUCGGACGGUUGUCAUUGAGAACACAUUCAGCAAUGAUGUUUAUGUUACUUUGUCGACCAAUAGUGGUCAGCAGUGGAGCGGUAAUAUUCCCAGUCAGUCUGUGACGACCUGGGUGCUUCCUGCCGCUUGA